AUGGAUUUGGCUUUGAGUUUAGGGGAAACACCUAAGCCAUUCACAUUUCUUGACAAAUCACAGAAGAUUGCUGGGAAUGAUAUACGGUUCUGCAUGGCCUUGGGCGAGACAAGUGCUGAAGCUAGAACCAGAGGCAAAGUCUCAUCAGAUUCAGAUCUACCGAUUCAGCUUGAUCUUAUGCCCUUCUCUCCUGUUCCUAGGAGUCAAACUUCCUUCGAUAAGCUUCAUUUUCCAUGGCUGAAUGAAAAUUUGGCUGUUGAACCGGGGAACGUAAACCGGAGGAUUCGAGGGGUGGAGGAGGCUGAGGAAGCCAUGGGGAUUUCAUCUCCAAAUAGUACAGUCUCAUCAUUUCAGAUGGACUUUUCAGUCUACAGAAAUGGAAGGGGAAAAAGAGAUUUUGAAACAGUAACACUUGAAGUUGAUGCAGAUAGAGGGGCUUCUUCAAGGGCAAGUGACGAUGAAGAAAAUAGUAUGGCCAGGAAAAAACUUAGACUCACUAAAGAACAGUCUGCUUUUCUUGAAGAAAGCUUCAAAGAACAAAGCACUCUCAACCCUAAACAGAAGCUUGCUCUAGCAAAGCAGCUGAAUCUUCGUCCUCGCCAAGUAGAAGUGUGGUUCCAGAACAGAAGAGCUAGGACCAAGUUGAAGCAGACUGAGGUAGAUUGUGAGUAUUUGAAGAGCUGCUGUGAGACGUUAACAGAAGAAAAUAGGAGGCUACAAAAGGAGCUUCAAGAAUUAAGAACCCUAAAAGCCUCUCAGCCUUUCUACAUGCAGCUCCCUGCAACAACCCUCUCAAUGUGUCCCUCUUGUGAACGAGUAUCCACCACCACCACCUCCGCCGCUGCCGCCUCUCCUUCCACCGCUAUUGCCUCUGCCGGCGGCAUGACUUCAUCUAGUAUGGGACUAUCUCUUGCUAACCCUAAAUUAUUUUCAUUUUCACCGGCCCAAAUCCAUGCUCAACAAGCUGCUUCUUAG